AUCUGCCAUAUGUAUAGAUAAAGAGGGAAAUAUGUAGAGAGAUUAAUAAAAUGAAGAUAAAAUUGCAUAUAGAUAUAGACCAUGUGAUGAAGUACUGAAUAGAAUGGAAUAUGACCAAUGAGUAUCCUUCUAGUACAGUCGUGUAGAAAUAGCAACAGUAUACUGAACUGAUACUAACUUAAUCAGUUAGAAACAUAAAUAAUUACAGGCCACUUAUUAUUAAAGAAAUCCAUCUUAAUAGAUAUUUAUCCGUUUAUAAUUAAACGGAACCAAAGCUGCGCCGUUGUUUCUAAUCGGACAGUAUAGCGGCAGUACAUAUAGUAUUAUAGUUAGCCAGCUUUUAGACAGAGCUUCUUGAGGUCAAGUUAAACUUCUUUAAGAUUUUUCUUUAACAUUCUAUAAAGCAGCGUAUUGUUUUGGUGCGUGUUGUUUUCAUCGAUGCUGUGAUUGUUAAGCAGGUGAGCCGUCGAGCUGCCUAGCUAAGCUAACUGUUAGCACGACUUAGCUUUUCUAAGCUAAUUAAUGGGAUGUGUAACAUUACUGGUCCUGUGUCUCUGAUGCUCUUCGUGUAUGAGGCUUCUGUAACAGAUCCCGCCGUGUUGAGCCUUUUAGCUCCAUAUACACUGGGAUAUUUGUGUAAUCAGAGAUUGUCCUAGGGAGAAAAAUUGGAAAUUGUGCAUUAGCAGAAAGUGUACAUGCAAUGAGGGGUUAUGAUUGGGGUUCUGAGAAUAAUCCAUAGCUGUUUUUUGAAGCUUAUGCUUUUCCCAAGUACAUUGCGGAAUAACAGUGUCCUUCCAGCUGCCUCUGAGGUUUUGACAUGUCAUCUUUAUCAGCGCAAACUGCCACCCUGGACAUCCUUUUGUGUGCCCUACAGUGCUGUAAUCAAUGACCAGUUUGGCUUGUCCAACUUCAACUGGCACGUACAAGGUGCCAACUACCACAUCCUCAGAACAGGAGCCUUUCCCUUCAUCAAGUACCACUGUACCAAAGCACCUCCACAAAACCUUGACUUUGAAAACAAAUUCUUUGGCAUACUGAAAGUCAUCAACUUGGGUAUUCCGUGUCUGGCAUAUGGCCUAGGUUCAUGGAUGGUGGCCGGUGUAACAGAAACUGUGCACACUUCAGCCGGCCCAGUCACUGUUUAUUUUGCGUAUAAAGAGGUAGACGGCGCCAAGUACUGAUGCUCCUAAUGUCAUUAUGUCUUUACUUCAAAAAAUAAAUAUCCGAAGACUGAAAUGAAAUCAGUAUAUUUUUGGAUUUCAGGCAAUAGUACUUAUUCAAUAAAUCAGCUUCUUUUCACCAUUUACUGUGUAACACAUUGUGUACUGAAUGUACUGCAUAGAGAAUGAGCCUACAGGUGCUGCAGUCUGCUUGCUCGUCACUUUUUUUGUGUCCUUCCCUGCUAAUGCAGAAUUUUAAAUACCUCCAGUUCAUUUAUUUAAAGUCAAAUUAGUGCUCACUCUCGUCUCGGCAUAUUGACAAUAGGAAGCAAAAGGGGUUGUUGAGAGGACAGUCUUGAUAAAAUGGUUUUUAAUUACCAUAGAGUAAGUGUGGCCUUCAUGUGGUCUCCCCUCCUUUUUCCCUCCCUCAGUCAGGCUUGGGCCCUUUGAUUUCUGAUAAUGUGCUCUGCUGACUUGAUGCUGCUCUAGUUCUUUACUGCAAAAUUUAAGCCCUCACUUUCCCCUGAGAUUGAGUUUGACAAACUGAUAUAUUGAUUCUCUCUGCCCCUAAAGCAUUCUGCUGAGCCCAUUUAUCAGAGGCCUUGACUUUUGCUUUUGCUUCCCUCUUUUAGUAACAAUUAGGCUCAAGUAAUAAUUUCAUGUAUUACUUGCAAAUCAAUGGACCCUGUCACCUUUUCUUUUAGCAUUGAGUAAUUUUGAGGUAAAGACUUCUUCAAGGGUCGGUGUUUAAUUGUGAACAUUAUUUUCCUGAACUGUCUCUUCUAAUGCCAUCUCUACUAAUAUUAUGAUAUUUAUACAAAUUUUUAGCAGAGUCAACUUUUUAGUUAUUUGUUUGUUUAUUUAAAUUUGUUUUAAUACAAUCUUUUAAAUUAGAUUACAUCGGCCCAAGCUUGGAAGUUAAAAUACAAAGAGGAGCUGAGUUUAAAUAAAAAAAAUACAUAUAGGUGUAGAAAAAUAGGAAAUGACUGGAAUGCUGGGGCCAAAGUUUAUAAGUAUUUUAUUCCUCUAUAUCAGCAAAUUGACAAAGGUUACAAUUUUGUAUUUAUUUAUCAAUCAUGUCACUUUUAGGCAUUUAUAAUUAUGUUUCAUGUGGUAAGUUGAACAAACAAGUUAAUUCCUGUAAUCAUUUAUGUUCUAAUAGUUAUAAAUAGUUCUCUAACAAUCCUUUUCUUUUUAUUUUAAAAAAGUGCCACUUGUCACUUGCCCUGUUAAAAAGAAAGUGGGCAGUGGUGGCUCAACUGGUUAAGUCUCUGGGUUGUUGAUCAGAGGAUUGGGGUUCAAGGCCCAACACAGCCAAGCUGCCACUGCUGGGCCCUUGAGCAAGGCCCUCAACCGUCCCUGCUCCAGGGGCGCUGUAUCAUAUCUGCCCCUGCACUCUGACCCCAACCUCCUCAGUUGGGGUAUGUGAAGAAAAGAAUUCCACUGUGGUGUAAUAUAUAUGUGGCGAUAUUAAAGGCUUCUAUGCCCUGUUCUAUUCUAUU